GGGACGACUACAUCUCCGCAGAUAUCUUCUCCAUCUUUAUGGGUUGGAAGUUGACGUCUCUCUGAGCUCUGGGCUCUUCCUCUUCAGAUAGGAAAUAAGUCUUACAACUAGUUAUGCGAGAUGGAUGAGCUAUUGCUAUAAUUUGCCACGACCUCUAAAAACAACAGCACGACUCCUCUAAAAACAACACUAACUCUAACAUCUUCUGCGACUCCUUCUUCCGCUUCUUCAUCUGCGUCCUCCUCCUCACAUUGCAGUACGCCUCCAGUCCAAAUACCACGAGCUUGCCUAGAUGCUUUUGUCCUUGCGGUCCGCGAGCACUACCUUCCGAAUCCCUACCACAAUUUUCACCACGCGUUGAACACUGUGUAUCUAUGCUCCGACUUCUUACGGGGAGAACAACGCGUGGGCAGCAACAUCUUGCAAAGUCUGGACGUUUUUACCUGUCUCACUUAUGAUGUUACUUGUCUGUCUCAGUUACUUGUCUGUCUCACUUGUAGCUGUCUCACUUGUAGCUGUCUCACUUGUAGCUGUCCCACUCAAGAUGCUGGAGUUCCCUUCUACUUAUGAUCUUAGCCAGCUGCAUCUUGGUCCUCCCGUUUUUGAAGAGAAAACUGAACACGGGCACCAGGAGGAUGCCCCAGCACAAGAAGAUGGCCCGUUUUUCCUAGAAGCUCUAACGGACGGCAG